AUGGCUACGUUGAUUAACGAACCAGAUACAGACUUCCACUUACAAUUGAAUGAACAAUCUUUCCACAUCCCAUACGAAUUAUUGACUAGAAAUUUCAAAUUACUCAAUGAACUCAUCGAAAGGGAAUCGUCACUAUUGAAUAAGAAAUUUCAUGAAUUGAAUUCGUUACUCUCCAAAAAUGCAAUCUCUCAUGAUAAGAUAGCCAUUACUAAAUUGAACAGUAUCAUAAAGAGCAUCGAUCUAUUCGAAGCCAAGUUAAAUGACAAAAUUACAAGAGAAUCUGAAUUAUUGAAUAGAAUCAAAUUAAGAAUCAAUUUCUUUCAGGAUUUACAGACUUUUAAAGAUAACCAUGAUACUAAUAAAUUAAUAGACUGGUAUCAAAAGUACUCCAAUUUACUUAUCGGUGAAUAUUUAACUAGAUUCCCCAUCAUCGAAAAAUCUGGUAAAAGAUUUCUCACCGAACAAAAUUUACAGAAUCUAUUGGAUUUUGACAUCUUGGAGAAAGCAAAUUAUAUCUCAAAUGCCUUGGUGAAUAGUCAUGAUUUACAACCUUUAAUCGCUUGGAUUGAUGAAAAUAACAAUUAUCUAAAUAAACGUAAAUCAAUACUAGAAUUUAAGGCAAGAUUUCAAGAAUAUUUGGAAUUGUUAAAAUUGAAUGAUCAUAAAAAUGCAAUCAGAUCUUUACAACGGAAUCUUUUACCAUUCAUGAAUACAAAUUUUGAUGACUUGAAGAUUGCUUGUGGUUUAUUGGUCUUCAUGGAAAACUGUUCCAAUGAUACUCCAAACACAAUUAUAACAAAUCAUGAUAAUAUUGAUACAAGGGAAAAAGCUUACGAAUAUUUCUUUCAUAAGCGGUUAGAUUUAUCAAUGAAUACAGACAUCAAUAAAAUGAAAUCAUUAAGUAAUUCAGAAAAUUUAGAUCGAUAUAGAGAACUAUUAGAUGAUCAUAGAUGGACAAUAUUAAAGGAUACUUUCCUAGAUGAAUAUUACUCAUUGUAUGGUAUCUCCAAAAAUGAUCCUUUACUGAUUUAUAUCUCCCUAGGAAUACCAACAUUAAAGACAAAAGCAUGUUUACAAUCUGAUAAUUCAAUACCAUCAGAAUAUAACAUCCUACAAAAACAUAAUAAAAAUUACUUAAAAAAUUCAUGUCCUGUUUGUAACGAUUCAUUUGCUCCCAUUGCAGAAAAUUUACCAUUCGCGCAUCACACUGAAUCAAAAUUAUUCGAAAAUCCUGUAAUGUUACCAAAUGGUAACGUUUACGAUUCAAAUAAAUUAAAGGAGAUGUCACAUUUACUAAUCGUUGAAAAAAUUGCAAAUUUGAAAGAUAAUGAGAUAUUUGAUCCCAUAUCAAAAACGGUAUUCAAAGAAUCUGAUUUUGUUACAAUGUACCCUACCUAA